AUGGCCUCCGCCGCCGACCUGCAGAGCGCCGCGUUGGGCGUUUGCCACUCCACAGUCCAUGCGCCCUGGGGAACGUGGGAGGAAUGGAUGCAACUGCGCGACAGCCUGCUCGCGAACGACAUGGACGGCGUUCGCAAAGGGAUUCGUAAGGUGCAGGCGUGGCGAGCGACGCGGGAAGGACUGCCGUUGGGCGUCGAUUUGACAUGCUUUCUCGUGGAGUUGACCGCCCGGGACCCAUCUGGCACUCUUGACCGGGAGGCGCGUCAAGUGUCCGACUGUUUUCCUGAGUCGGUGCUGCGUCUGGGGUACACGAUGACAAUUGUCAGGCUUGUCACAGGAGUAAUGGACUCAAUUCGCAAGGCUGGAGGCACGACACCAGAUGCUGGGCUGCCAUGUGCCUUAGUGGAAGGACGGAAUGCUGCAGUUCACCAGAAGUUGCCAACGCUACAGAGGGCUAGGGUCCUGGCCAAUUUGGCUUUGGGAUUUCUUGUAGAAAACUACUGGAACGUUCAGGCUGCAGAUGUUGCCACCAGACCAGGAAGCAUACAACAGGCUCUUAAAGCAAUAACCCUGCACAUGUCAGAAAUAAAGGCACCUGCUAAAAGGAGGAAGAAGAGGAAAUCUGUUGAUCAAACAAACGAUGUGCCUCGGCGCACCAUCGUUUGGGGCACAUGUGGCUCGUCAAGCGAUGAGGAAGAUGCUUCUGUUCAGGAGCAAGUUCGAAAUGGGGGCGCAGAAUGCAUGUCAGGCUCCCAAGGGGAAGCUGUCACGGAACAUCCUCCCAAGCGAGCAAGACAUAUAGUUGAUGGGGCAAUUAAAGAGAUUCAGAGGCUGGUUCACGUGGAUCAAUGCAAAGACUUGGUGGACCCUAUUCUAGACGAUUCGGAGUUGCUAAACCAGGAUCCAGCACCUGAAGAUGCACAUGCCAGGACAAUAUUCCAGACACUGAGUAGAGUCAUAUUCAACCGCUACCACAACCUUCCCAGCGAAUUGUUGAAGGGAUGCUUUUCCAGGCUGCUGUCAAGCACAGGGUCAAGUGCGGCUUGUACAAAGGAGGAACUGUGCACAUGGAUAAAAUGGCUGUUGCAGCAGAGGGGUGGUGAGGACCCCCUGCCUGAGCUGCUCAACACAUUGAUCUCUCUGACACUGUCACGCAUUCACUGGCUCCACACACUCACAAACUCAUCAGGCCAAGCUGACGGCCAUCGGUUGGCAUCCAUUCUGGAGCAGCUCCUUGAAAGAGCACAGCUCCAGGGAAUGACACAAGAAUCUGCCACCAAGUUGAAGGAGGUCGCAGAUUGGGUAGAGGAAAGUACAAAGCACAACAAGAAUCGAGCACAAACACGAAGCAAGGCACUGGUGGACGGCUACAUCCCCUUGGCCACUGAUGAAGAGAAGACAGUGGACGAUGUCAACAAACUGAUCAGAAGCCAGGAGAAAUUUCUCGAAGACCACGAAUCUGGAAUGUACGGAAUAUGGACAAAAUCACAAGGAUGGUCGCUGUGUGUCUCAGGACUGGACUCUGUGUUUCCAGAGCGGCUGGGUUGGUAA